GAAUCUGACACUGAGAGAGAAAAGGAUCUGUUGUACAAAAAUCGGUUACUACAAGAUGAGAUUGCUAUGCUAAGACUAGAACUCGAUCAAGUAAGACUUAGGCACCAGGAAGAAGCAGGAAAAUAUUUAGAGGAAAAUGAGACCUUGAAAGAAAAAAAUGAAGAUCUCGAAAAGGAACUUAAACUGAACGAGGAAGCCUUAACACAAAUGGUUUUCCAGUACAACGGGCAGCUGAACUUAUUAAAGACAGAAUCUGCAGUGCUAACUUCCCAACUUGAGCAGACAAAAGAAAGCAAAGACAGACUAGAGACAGAAAUUGAAUCAUUUCGUUCCCACCUGAACACUGCUCUUCAAGAGGUUGAACGUCAUCAGUCAUCAAAAAGUGAUGUUGAGCGAACGUUUCAGAGAGAACGCGAUGAAUGGCUUCGCUUGCAAGAGCAGCUCCGUCACAACCUCUCUGACAUGCAAGAAACCAACAGGAGCUUGUUGCAGCAGCUGAGUAAAGCUGAAGGCAAAACUAAUAGUCUAGAAAAUGAGCUUCACCAGCUGAAACAAACACUCGGAGAGAAAACGUUGCUUUUAGAAAUGACACAGAAAGAAUUAAGUCAAGCCCAGUGCCAGGUAAAGGAAUACGAUCAUGCUUGGCAACUGGAGAAGGAUCAAGUAAACAAAUUUCUAGUAAAGCAGGAGUCCAUGCAGGAGCGAUUGGCCCAGCUCCAGAGUGAAAACAUUUUACUCCGUCAGCAGCUGGAAGAUAUACAGAACAAGGGGAUCAUCAAAGAAAAAGUAGCGAGUGAUGUACAGGACCGUUUUAAUGAUAUUUUCAACAAACUGAGAGCUGAUACUGAAAAGCAGGUUUGCUUAGUGGAAGAAAGAAACAAGGAAUUAAAUGCCAAGUGUACUGAUUUAAGAGAACAAGUAUUUAAAUAUGAGGCUGACAAAGUAGAAAGAGAG